GCCACCUGUAGCGGAUCUCUAUCCUCCAAAGGAAAUACACCUCCGAAAGCCACCGAGUUAACGGACCUAAAGCUCUUGACACGGAAGACGUCUUCUGUUUUCUUUCGUUCUUUAUAUCAUUAUCAGUAACUUUCAUUAUUGUUAUUAUUAUUUGUAUGAACGACAUUUAAAUAGAGAACUAUGUUCCUGACGGGUCGACUAUUCCUAUUAAUAGCAAUCUCAACCUCAGCUGUAAUAGGCACAUCCACUGUGAGCACAGAUUCAUCCAAUAAUUCGACAGACAGCCCGAUCAGUGCUUCCUCUACUGCUACUGUUGCAGUAACAAGCAUUCCAUCUGAGAAUACAACUGCACCAUUCACAAACAAUGCCACCACCCCACCGCUGUCGACGCAUGCUGGUAAUGGCACAUCUCUACCUUUAUCUACUCAAGGCAAGGUGACAGGCUCGUCUACAGUUGCACCAGAACAGGCUACCAGUUCAUCAGUGAGUACACCAGGAAAUGCCACAGUUUCACCUGCACCUGUAACAACAGCAGUGGCCAACUCCGCAAGUCCAGUUGUACCUACACUGGAGAAUGCUACAGACCAUCCUGUAACUUCACCAGGCAAUGCCACAACUACUCCUUUACCUGAGCCAGGCAACAGCACAACCCCACCCCAAACUACAAAAGCUAAUGACACUACUCCUCCCAUUAGCACACCAAGCAACAGCACAGCUUCACCAAUUACAACACCAAGCUAUGUAACAGUUACAACACAGACUACAACAGGUAAUGUUACAACAGCAAACAUUGCAACUACUCCACGCUUAACCACAGAUAUUUCAAACAUAACUACACCAAAUGCUACUGCACCACCCCUAACUACAACAGUAAAUGCAACUGCACCACAAUUAACUACAACAGUAAAUGCUACUGCACCACCCCUAACUACAACAGUAAAUGCUCCUGCACCACAACUAACUACAACAGUAAAUGCUACUGCACCACAACUAACUACAACAGUAAAUGCUACUGCACCACCCCUAACUACAACAGUAAAUGCUACUGCACCACAACUAACUACAACAGUAAAUGUUCCUGCAACACAACUAACUACAACAGUAAAUGCUACUGCACCACCCCUAACUACAACAGUAAAUGUUCCUGCACCACAACUAACUACAACAGUAAAUGCUACUGCACCACCCCUAACUACAACAGUAAAUGCUACUGCACCACAACUAACUACAACAGUAAAUGCUACUGCACCACAACUAACUACAACAGUAAAUGCUACUGCACCACCCCUUACUACAACAGUAAAUGCUACUGCACCACAACUAACUACAACAGUAAAUGCUACUGCACCACCCCUAACUACAACAGUAAAUGCUACUGCACCACAACUAACUACAACAGUAAAUGCUCCUGCAACACAACUAACUACAACAGUAAAUGCUACUGCACCACCCCUAACUACAACAGUAAAUGCUACUGCAUCACAACUAACUACAACAGUAAAUGCUACUGCACCACCCCUAACUACAACAGUAAAUGCUACUGCAUCACAACUAACUACAACAUUAAAUGCUACUGCACCACAACUAACUACAACAGUAAAUGCUACCGCACCACAACUAACUACAACAGUAAAUGCUACUGCACCACCCCUAACUACAACAUUAAAUGCUACUGCAUCACAACUAACUACAACAUUAAAUGCUACUGCACCACCCCUAACUACAACAGUAAAUGCUACUGCACCACCCCUAACUACAACAGUAAAUGCUACUGCAGCACCACUAACUACAACAGUAAAUGCUACUACACCACCUCUAACUACACCAGGGAGAAACGCAACAGUAAACACUACAACACCACCCAUAGCUACAACAGGAAAUACUACAACAGGGAAUGCUACCCAACCAACUCAGUCUACACCAGGAAAUGCUACUAUACCAUCCAUAACCAACUCAACGACUGGACCCACUGUUUCUACUACUAACCCAACUAACACUGCAACCACACCAGCUACCUGUCCUACAGUGACCUGCCCACCACUCAGUGUCUGUGUGAAAUCCAUCUGUCAGUGUGUGACAGGAACUAUUCCUUUAAAUAACGCCUGUGUGGAAACUAAAACCUUCCCUAGUGCACUGCGGGUGAACCGCACUUUUGUAGAGGCUAUGAACAAUCCACAAUCACCUGAAUUUCAGAAAAUUGCUAAAGAGAUCAUUGUUGUGGUAAAUGAAGCUCUGCGUAACCAGUCAAACUACAUUAGCAGCACAGUAACUACGUUGACGCCUGGCAGCGUAGUGGCCACAGUACACAGUUUUUUUGAGCCCAAUUCUCCAGUCACACAGGCAAUGGUUACAACUGCCAUGACUGAUGCUAUAAAUAAUUGUGAGACGACAAGCUGUGGCAUUCUUGCUAAUGCCCAAUACAAAGCAACCAAUUUGUGUGACCAAAAUCCUCCUCCUUGUGAUACUAACACUACAUCGUGUACGGCCAACGAUGGGACACCUAUAUGUACCUGCAAAGCUGGCCAUGUAUCUAGCUCUUACCAGCCCAGAAGCUGCACAGUUUGCCCUAGUGGCUACAAAGCGGAGAACAACACCUGUGUUCGAUGCCCAUUUGGCUAUUCUGGAUUCAACUGUGAUGACUCCUCUUUGUUGGCUCUAGUGGUAGUGGCGUGUGUGUUAGGGGGAAUUCUGCUCAUUGUGAUUUUGGCUGUUCUCAUUUACAUCUGUGUGACUCGUUGCAAUAAGAAGUCAAGCAGCAAUUAUUUCAACAGCCCGUACCCUGCUGAGGAGUUCCAGGCCGCGUGGCCCACUCAGGGCAUCACCCGUAUUCCACGUGUCAAUCUGACAUCUAAUUCCAGCAUUGAUGCCACUGGCAACAGUCUAGAGAUGUCUGAAGAGCCAGGAAAGAAAGACUACAGUAAUGGAUUGUCGGGCUCGUUUGACCUCACAACAGAUGGUAUGAGGACCUUUAAGGACAUAAACCCCACACGCUACUCUUAUCUGGUGGGUCAUGAAAACCCCUAUUUUAUACAUGGAGAUGAGAAGAGAUGAAGAAAACAGCAGAGAAAGCCAGUGGACAAGAAAAGAGUGCAGUAGCACCUUGAAUUAUUAAAAAGGCCUUGGAUCAAAAUGUUUCAUGAAUGUUAACGCUGUCAAAACCAUACAGCUGAUCACAGACUCAAAGUGCAUACACAAACAGCAUUUGAGAGAUACGUUUAUAUAUAUAUAUAUAUAUAAAUUUUACUGUUUUAAUUCCAAAUUUCUUUCACCCAGGAUAAAGUACUCACUUCUUAAAAGUGCAUUGAUGAUUGGGUUUUCCAAGCAAAAGCUUGAUAAACGUGUCCUGUGUUUGACAAUGUGAGAUGAAUGCUUAACCACUCGUCUUUUUUUUUCACUUCUUGUUUUGUCUGCACAUUUCAUAUUCAGAGUUUUGUUAUCAGACAGAGAUCAUUCAUGUAUUCUGUGGUUUUCAACACAAAAUAAUUUAUUAUAAAGGAUGUAAUAUUAAACCAUAUUUUGGCAUAUUUUAUUUAAAUUUCUCAUCUGUGGAAGCAAUAAGGUCAGAAUAUAUAAUGUAAUCCAGUAGUACUAAUGCAUCUGAUCUAUAUUCUGACAGUAACUGCACUUUGUAGGAGACAACAUGCAAUGUCUGUUGUGUGUGUGUGUGUGUGUGUGUGUGUGUGUGUUUUAAGAUUUAUCUGUCAGAAAGACAGAACUGGUACAUUCAGUUAUGCAUUUUUGGUUGAUAUCUCCUCCAAAGAAUUAAUUUAUUUUAUGCCAGGACAAUGCAUGCCACCAGAAAUUGAUCUCUGUGCCUGACUGUGAUGUUUUCUUUUGAAUAGGAGAAUUAUGCAAUGAUGAUGAAUAAACAACAAUGUGUCCUUUGUAGUCGUGCCAAUAUAUUUAUUUAAAACAGAACAUGGCACUGUUUACUCAGCUGUCUGUUUGCUUCAUAUAUAUAUAUACAUAUAUAUAAUUAUAAUUAUAUAUAUAUAUAAUUAUUUAUGUGUAGCUGGGAUAUUUUCUACCUGUACAUAAAGCUUUUGUAAAAAAAAAAAAAAAAAAAAAGUUAUGCUCCUUGUAUGAAGUGUUUCAUAUUGUUCUGUAUAAUGAAAGGAAAUAAAUUUCUAAAGAUAUAGUUAUCUACAA